ACAAGAAGUAAAACAACUCAAAGAACAACAAAACUGAAGAUUGAAGAUUAGCUUUUGAUCACGUCACAAUAUCCAAUCCAAGCAGAGAAAACAGUUAUGUGUACUUUGUUGAGUGUAUAAUGGACCAAUUUUUUGCUUUAUUUUUUCCCAGACUUUGAAUUUGUAACAAUGACCGACAACCAUGAGGUCCCCAACCCUAAAGACUUCCUGGCCCAGAUGGGCCCCAUCGAGACCCUUCUGGGUUCGCUGUCUUACAACGACAUCGACAAUGUCGAUGGCAAAACCCAGCAAUUGCGCACCAGCGCUCGCGUUUUCAAAAAAAUGAAAUUCGACCUCUCCUCCGUCGAGAAAAAAGUCGAAAAGAAGGAGGAAGUCAAGCCGGAGGAGAAGCAAGAAGUGAAGAAACCGGCCAAUCCGUUCUGGUCGAGCGAAGAGAAGAAUCUUUUCUUCGAAGCGUUGAACGAAUACGGGAAGGAUUUUGAAAGCAUCCACGGGUACAUCAGCACCCGCUUGAAGAAGAAAGGGGUCCCGGAGGACCUCAUCAAGAACAAGCUGCAAGUCAGGCACUUUUAUUACAAAACCUUCCACAUGUUGUUGGGGCCGUUGAAAUUUAACGAGAAAAUUCCGAAAAACGUGCAAGAGCUGUACACGUUGAUCAAUUUUGGCGAAAUGAGGAGAAAACUUGGCAGUAUCUCGAAAAAAAAUUGCUCGAAACUGAACGAUUUGAUUGCAAACGGUUCAGUUCCUUUGAGGCUUAAGGGGAAAACCGUCAGGGUUAAAACUCCAAUGUGUAGGGCUUUGAGACGCUUGAACCAAUUAGAUGAAAAAUACGAUGAUCUUAAAUUGCCAACGAGGGUUUUGGUCGAGCUCAGACCAAAAAACAUGGCUUCGUUUCUCAGAGUGCAAAGUGUUGCUCAAAAUCCGCGAAUCAAAGUCGCACUCUCGCUACAAAAGCGGUUGAGCUCGCUUAUCACGUGCAUAAACACCCGCUGGAAGACCUCCGAGGCCGUUGUUUACGAUAAAGCUGUGAUUUCGACAAACCCGGUAACAAAAAAUUGCGUUCCUGAUACGAAAACAAUUGAUGAUAGUACGUUGUUACUGAAUCCGCUCUUAAGGCUGUCUCCUCCGCCGGAGGCCCACAUUGAGUUGCCUUCAAUCGAUAUCAGCGAAUAUUUCAACGGUCAAAGCAUAUCACUUAAUGCAUUCGAAUUGAGAAAAGGGGUUAAAAAGGAGGAGCCUGAAGCGCCCCCCAAGACUGAAAAAUCGCCGAACAAGCCUGACGAAGAGGAAAUCCCCAAAUCGGUCACCAGCGUCGUGGACGAGGCAGUCAACACAAUUCUCUCGCUGCAAGUCCAGAAUAAAACCGACACCAAGACUGCCACCACAACCAACCCUAAAGAUAUCCCCAAUGAGGAGAAAAUAUCAAGGAUCGAGCAAAUCAAGCAGGGGUGGACUUUGGAGAAUUGCGCCAGUUUGACCAUUGGCGAGAUCUACUUGAUGUACGGGUGUGACUCAAAAAUGGUGCUCGAGUACAGCUGGGACUGUCUGAUCAAAUCAAACGACGAAACGAAACAAGAAAACGACUUAACAAAUUCGCUCAAAAAACUUCUAUCUUUGGCAAAAAUACAAAGCGAAAAGCCUGUGAUGAAGUGCACCUGCGGCCACGUUUGCGGCAAGCCCAGCACGCAACAGUUCAAAAAGCCGGUGGCCCCCAAAGUCGUGAAACAAAAACAAGUGAGCCAUGAGACCAAUCACGUUCAAGAGAAAGUGGAGGUGUCUGAACCCAAACCGGCGCCCGAACCGAAGAAAGCGCCCCCGGAGGAGCCCUUCCAUGAUACGAGCAGUUCGGUGGUUCACUUGUUCAGCCAACGCGAUAAGUUCAGGAUAAAGGGGCGCACCCGCUUCAAGCACUUGGUGGUCGAACGUAAACUAGUUCCUAAUAAAUCCGAGAACAAGCACGAGAUCGUGUCCAUGGAUAUUGUGUCUCAGGACAAGCCUGACGAUAUGCCUCUUGUCAAUUCUAGCGGGCUUCCGUCGAUGUUAAUGGGUGAUAACGACACGCGUAUGAGUGAGAAGAGCUUCAGUGGUUUUUUGGGUGAUAAUCAGUCGAAUUCGGCCAUGUCGACCGGAUUGUCGAAAAUACUGAAAGAAAAUGAGAACCAAUGGAUCAAUGCCGACGUUGCCGACUAUUCGCUCAGCAGUCUUUUGGGCCAUUUGGACUGUCCGUCGAAAACGAACCAAUCAAUGGUCAGUCUUUCGCACGACGACACGCAAUUGUCCCAAGAUGUGGAUGCCCAGUUACGGACUCUGUUGAUUGAAACGAGUGUCGACUACACGGCCAAAUUCGCUGAUCUGGCAGCUCAAGUUGUGGAAAAUAAGAAGUAAAAUAGACCAAUUGGCACAAACUUAAUCUUUGUACUUUUAUGUUUGUUAAUAAUUUAUGUAUAGCGAAAGAUAUUUUAGCGCGAAAAAUUUAUAUUUCAUAAGGUUGUAUUAUAUUGCAAUAAAUUUAACAUUUGUGAGAUUGUAUGUAUGAUACUGAUAUUAAUAGAAACUCUAACCAAA